UAGAUGAUAUGAACGGUGCAAAGAUAAGUAUACUAAAUAAUGCCCAAAAACAAUGUUAAAGUGCUUCCUUCAUCCCAUUCAUACAAGUGGUUUCACUUUCUUUGUUGACUUUGUUAAUAAUAUAUCUAUUCAUAUUUAGAACAAUAACUAUUUAGAUUUUCCAAGACAAAAUGAGUUCUCCAAAGCCCAUUUUCUUCUUCUUCUUCUUCAUCAUCAUCAUCAUUAGUUGUAGCUUCUCUUCAAUUUUUGCUCAGCAGCCAUAUGUGAGAGAAGACACAACUGAAUGUGACAAAAAGGAUAAUUCAACCUCUUCUCUUGGCUACUUCUGUAAUGGUCUAAACAGAAUAUGUCAAGCUUUCAUUACUUUCAGAGCUGUGCCUCCUUACACAACCUUGGCAGCAAUCUCAAACCUUUUGGCUGCAGACCCUUCUCAGAUUUCUGUAAUAAACUCCAAUAAGACAACCUUUGAUACAAACAAAUUGGUCAUAAUUCCAGUAACCUGUUCCUGUUAUGGCGGCUACUACCAAUCAAACACCUCUUAUGUCAUCAAACCAGAUGAUACAUAUCUAGUCAUUGCCAACAACACCUUCCAAGGCAUCACAACUUGUCAAGCUCUUGAGAAUCAAAAAGGUAAUCCUAAUCAAUUUGAGCUUGAAACUGAUGAGAAAAUUACUGUUCCUCUUAGAUGUGCUUGUCCCACAAAGAGCCAAGUUGAUGAUGGUGUGAAUUAUCUAAUGAGUUACUUAGUUGAUUAUGAUGAUAAUGAUUCAACCAUUAGUGAAGAUUUUGAUGUAGAUAAUGGUUUGCUUCUUAAAGCUAAUCAACUUACUGAAAAUGACAAUACUAUUUAUCCAGAUACCACUCUUUUGGUUCCUCUUCAAACCCCACCAACCAAUUCUUCAACCAUAAUAAGGCCUCCACCGCCGCCAUUACCCCCUCCUCGAACAUCCACUACCGCCACCAAUUCUUUCUCUAAUUCGAGCUCAAAUGAAAAAUGGAUUUAUGCCCUUUUUGGUGCUCUUGGAGGUGGUUGUUUUGUCUUAGUUUUAGGUGCUUUACUCUACUGCUUAGUCUUCUGGAGAAGAAAGAAGAAACCCGACUCGAGUUUUGUCCCAGCAGCAAGCUCUACUACACCACUUGAUCAUCAGGAGAACUCAGUGAAAAUUUCACAGGAGUUCUUGGAGAGCUUAUCUGAUAUAGCUCAGUCAAUCAAAGUUUACAGUUUUGAAGAGCUUCAACUGGCAACAAACUAUUUUAGCCUUAGUUCAUUGGUUGAAGGUUCUGUUUACCGCGGUGAGAUUAAUGGAAAUCUCAAAGCAAUCAAGAAAAUGGAAGGAGAUGUAUCCAAAGAGAUCAAUUUAUUGCAAAAGAUCAACCAUUCUAGUCUGAUUCAUCUCUCUGGGGUUUGUUUUAAUGAGGGUCAUUGGUAUCUUGUUUUUGAGUAUGCCAUAAAUGGAGCCUUGAGUGAUUGGAUUUUCAAUGAAAACAACAAUGGAAAAUUUCUAAGUUGGUCUCAGAGAAUCCAAAUAGCCUUAGAUGUGGCUUCAGGUUUGAACUAUCUUCAUUGUUUCACAACUCCUUCACAUGUUCACAAAGACAUAAAUUGCAGCAAUAUCCUUCUUGACAGUGAUUUCAGGGCUAAAGUUGCAAACUUUGGUCUAGUAAGGUCAACAAAAGCUCAAGAGAAUGAGUUUUCUUUGACAAAUCACAUAGUUGGAACAAUAGGUUAUCUUGCUCCUGAGUACUUGGAAAAUGGAUUGGUUUCUACAAAACUUGAUGUCUAUGCAUUUGGAGUUUUAUUACUUGAAAUGCUUACAGGAAAAGAGGUAUCUUUUCUGUACAAGGAGAAUAGGGACUUAUCAUAUGUUUACAAUGGUGUGCUUAACAAUGAUGGAAAAGAGAGUUUGAAACAGUUUAUGGAUCCUUCAAUGCAAGAGAAGUACCCUUCUGAACUUGUUCAUUUUGUGGUUCAAAUUAUUGACCUUUGCAUUAAGAAAAACCCGGGAAAUCGACCGCAAAUAGAGGAAGUUGUGAAGCUUCUUUCUGAAGCUUUGAGCAGUUCAUUAACAUGGGAAUCAUCAUUGAAAUAACAUUGUGAGUUAAAAAGCUCACUUGAAGCUCUUCAGGUUGUUUUUUGUUUUACUUCUUAUUAAUAAUGCAAUAAUCCAACUUCCUCAUAUGUGUGCACUUUUAUUAGUAGUGUAAUGUAAUUAUAUAUUAAUUGACUGAACAACAUUAUAGUAGUACCUAAUUUUGUUCUGAGUUUUAUAUUAAGGAAGAAUAAGACAUGUUAUCUAAUUAUAUAAUUGGACAUGGAUGGUUCAUUUUA